AUGCUACCAGUUCGGGAAUCCGCCGAUGUGAAUUCCAACAUUCCUGAAGAUCGUCGGAAUAAUUCGACGAAUCAAAUUCCAGCCCUUGAGGAGAACCCCGCAUCAAUCGAUCGUGGAUUAGGGCUGAAUAUCAACCCCGCGACGUUAGAAUUGAUGCAGCAUUUUCAACAGAACAUUGCAAGGAAGCUUGCUUGGGUAGACGGCCCAACGAAUCCAUGGCGACAAGUUAUCAUUCCUCUUGCUUGGAUGUCACCAACAGUCCUUUGUGCUGUGCUGUCUCUAUCAUCCGAGGACCUUGCAUUCAAAUAUGCACACGAUCACCCUCGACAUAACGAUCUACAAAGCGUCUCACUUCGAUUUCGAAAUAACGCCUUAGCCUUACUGGCAAGGCAGAUUAGCUCGCUGAGAGAGCGAGAGAUACCGCAAAUUGAAAAUCUCGACCCGAACGAGAUCAGCUAUACUCUCGCCUCAAUGCUCCUACUAUACAACGUCGAACUUCUUAACGCAGAGCCUAUCAAGUGGCGAAUGCACUUACACGCAGCUCGGGUUAUCGUCCAAUGGAGAGAACAGGCUUCUUCUUCUUGCGCAUCACUCAAUGAAAUCGACACAUUCCUUUUCUACGAACACUACUACGCUAGUGUCUUUGCGGGACUCACAACAUUUGAUCCAGCGGAUGAGUUCACAGGGAACAAUUUGAAAACUCCAACGAUAUCACCAUCUUCAGUGACUUUGUACGUGUUAUCCAUCGAGUGA